AUGUCUGAAUACUUGGGAUGGACUGAACGUCGACCAGCUCAGAGAUCUAAGAGCUAUGGAUCAGAUUUGCUUCCUGGUGGCCCUGUUACUUCCAGUUACGAGAGCUAUGUCAAGAACAUCUUUCAUCCAUCAAAUCGUCUUAAAAGGGAUUCCCAUCAAAUGGCAACAGAUAAAGGAAUAUCAGCCAGCACAAUGUUGAAGAUGGAAAGAACCUUGGGUCGUGGAGCAUUAGAUGAUAAGUACGACGAUGAUCUACUCAAAACACCAUUGGAAGCAAUGUAUGAUGAACUCGGACUGAAGAGCAACGAUAAUGCUUUGUAUCGCAAUUAUCAAGUUUAUGUUCCAAAACAAUCGAGUGAAUAUUAUGCAAUUGCUUACGGAAAUAUGAAGAAAGAUCCAAAUGAUUUAUCAUUCGGACGUGGUGUCUAUUCAUCCUACAAAGAUAAAGCUGAUGAAGAUUAUGAGAAGAACAAUCAUAAAACAAUCAUUGAUUACAAGGGUUUUGAGAGUCCAGACGAUAUGUCAUACGCCUAUCAUGGCUAUAUGUAUUCUCCACUCUCACCAUAUCUCUACCAAAGCCAUCCAUACGUAAGAAGUCAAGAUUCUCGAAUAAUCGGAUCAAACUUCGUCCAAGUAACAUCACGUCCAAAGGACAGAUUCUUGGAUAAGAUUGAUCAGACGUUAGCUGAAGUUCGUGCUAUGCCCAGAUACUGUUAA